AUGAUCUGUAGAGGAGCUGUGGCAGAAGAUACAGAGGGAGAAGAAGAGACGUAUGUGACUGAUAUAAAGGCAGAAGAUAUAGAGGGAGAAGAAGAGACGUAUGUGAGGGGUGAUCAGCAGUGUAAGGAGGAGGAGAUCCCUACAGAUAUCAGCACAGCAGAUGGACACAGAAGCAGGAAUAUCUCAGAAGGACAUCUAAUAUCAUCCCCGGAUUGUGAAAUAAAAGAUGACAGUAGACAGGAUUCUCCAGGAACUAAUCUCAUUACCCCAAUUAUACAUCCAGCUCUAUCAGCUGAUCCCUCUGAUCCUGGGAAAUGUUCUCCUGAUCACUCUGAUAUUGGUGCAUCUGUUACAGCUCUGACAGUAGAUACAGUGUUUUCCUGUUCUAUAGAUGCACCUUGUUUUACACAGAACACAAAGCUUAUUGCACAUCAGCCAUCUAAGGCAGGUGAGAGACCAUUUCCAUGUUCUGAGUGUGGGAAAUGUUUUACACGGAAAUUACAUCUUGUUCAACAUGAGAGAAGUCACACCGGAGAGAAGCCAUUUUCAUGUUCUGAGUGUGGGAAAUGUUUUGCACUGAAAUCAACUCUUAUUAGACAUGAGAGAAGUCACACCGGAGAGAAGCCAUUAUCAUGUGCUGAGUGUGGGAAAUGUUUUGCAGUGAAAUCAACACUUAUUAGACAUGAGAGAAGUCACACCGGAGAGAAGCCAUUUACAUGUUCUGAGUGUGGGAAAUGUUUUACACAGAAAUCAUUUCUUGUUAUACAUGAGAGAAGUCACACCGGAGAGAAGCCAUUUUCUUGUUCUGAGUGUGGAAAAGGUUUUUCACACAAGUCAUAUCUUCUUAUACAUGAGAGAAUUCACACUGGAGUGAAGCCAUUUACAUGUUCUGAGUGUGGGAAAUGUUUUUCACUGAAAUCGAAUCUUGUUCAACAUGAGAGAAGUCACACCGGAGAGAAGCCAUUUUCAUGUUGUGAGUGUGGAAAACGUUUUUCACACAAAUCAUGUCUUGUUACACAUGAGAGAAAUCACACCGGAGAGGGGCCAUUUUCAUGUUCUGAGUGUGGGAAAUGUUUUGCACAGAAAUCAACUCUUGUUAUACAUGAGAGAAGUCACACCGGAGAGAAGCCAUUUACAUGUUCUGAGUGUGGGAAAUGUUUUUCACUGAAAUCGAAUCUUGUUCAACAUGAGAGAAGUCACACUGGAGAGAAGCCAUUUUCUUGUUUUGAGUGUGGAAAAGGUUUUUCACACAAGUCAUAUCUUGUUAUACAUGAGAAAAGUCACACCGGAGUGAAGCCAUUUACAUGUUCUGAGUGUGGGAAAUGUUUUUCACUGAAAUCGAAUCUUGUUCAACAUGAGAGAAGUCACACUGGAGAGAAGCCAUUUUCUUGUUCUGAGUGUGGAAAAGGUUUUUCACAAAAGUCACAACUUGUUACACAUGAGAGAACUCACACUGGAGAGAAGCCAUUUUCUUGUUCUGAGUGUGGAAAAGGUUUUUCACACAACUCACAUCUUGUUACACAUGAGAGAAGUCACACAGGUGAGAGGCUAUUUUCAUGUUCUGAGUGUGGGAAAGGGUUUAUACGGAAAUCACAUCUUGUUACACAUGAGAGACGUCACACAGGUGAGAAGCCAUUUUCAUGUUCUGAGUGUGGGAAAAGUUUUAUACAGAAAUCACAUCUUGUUCAACAUGAGAGAACUCACAGACGUUUGAAGCCAUUCGCAUUCUCUGAGUGAUUAAUAAAUCACCUCUUGUUGGACACAGUAGACAUCACACAGGUGGGGAACCAUUUUAAUCUUCUGGAGUAUACUCAUCUUCACCAUUUCCCUGCAUUGUUCCUUCAGGUUUUAUCCUAUGUCCUGUGUUUUGUUUUUUGUUUUUUACAAUAUAAAUGCUGCUACUGGGUGAAAUAAUAAGACGUCAUGUCCUCCUUUACCUCUACUAUGCAGAUAACCUGUCUUUGCUCCAGGUACUGAAAACAAUACCAAUACUAAAUGUCUAGCUGAACUCCAGGUGUGGGUGAUGCCAGUUGGCCGUGACUCAGUCCUAGCGAAACAGGUCCAUAUGCUAAUGCACGCCGACUCUCCUGUCUUCUGAUUACUUCCUCACACUCCUAUCCAAGAUUUUUCACGUGCUGCUCCCUUUCUCUGGAAUUCCCUACCUCUCCCCCUCAGACUGUUACCAGCAGUACCAAGAAUCUGCCAUAAUUCAUUUGUGGUUGAUCUGUUAGCUAUGCAGCCCUGACCAUGGAACCUGCUGCCUCGCACAGUCCAAGAGACCUCCACCCUGGAGACCACAAACAGACUGAUGACGGUUACUCACAUGUUUCAUUAAUGUUCCUUCAC